UGCUUCUCUGUGUGCCUCCUGGCCACUAGUUCAUCCGAGGACAUCUACUUUUACAUUUCCUCACAAUGGUAAUGGGACUUUUAUUGAGCGCUUUAUUCGUCACCGGCGCAAAAGUUUAGCGCUUUAUUUAAAAAACCCCAAACUUGAUGCGCGUUUUCGCCACGAAGAGUGAAGUUCCAUGUGGUACAAACGUGCCAUUAUGCGUGACUUUAGAUGGAUUUAACCUUCACUCACUCCGCCUGGAUUGAUGGCGCGGCUCUUGCAGCGACGGUGGCGCACAGCGGCGGAGAGAGAGGGGCGCACUUGAAUGCGUCGCGGAGAGACCGUGGUUUCAUUACCUUGCCCAGUCCGACGCGUCACACGGCAACUGAAUGUUACGCCACGAGGAUGGUUUUGGACGAAAAGGAGCGUUUAAAGAGCGUGGAAAGACCCGAGGAGGCGCGCAAUGAAGGAUGCGUGAUCGGAGGAGAGCGCAGAGGAGGAUUGGACCAAGAUUUUGAGGGACGUAUUGUGGAGAGGUCGUUCUGAUGUAGCAGCGAGGAUGGUAAAGACCAAGAGUCCAUGGAUGAGCCGGUCUGUGGGAGAGCUGGUGCCCAGACAAUUCUCUUCUCCAGCGACGACGACCACAACGGCACUCUCCGUCUGACACUGUCCCCAGGGUGGCACAUCUGCAGGAGGCUGGGGAUGUGAUGGGGUGACUGCUGACGCCCCCCCUCCCGACACCCAUCCCUUCUCUCGCAGCGUAAUAUAAACAAUGGAUCAGAAUUUCUCGACAGUCCGAGAUGGCAAGCAGCUGCUCCCGGAGAGAGACUCGUCCAAACGUGUGUUGACAGGAUGCUUCCUCUCCCUCCUCAUCUUCACCACGCUGCUUGGUAACACGCUCGUGUGCGCCGCCGUCACCAAGUUCAGACACCUGCGCUCCAAGGUCACCAACUUCUUUGUGAUCUCGCUGGCGAUCUCAGAUCUGCUCGUCGCCAUCCUGGUGAUGCCAUGGAAGGCGGCCACUGAGAUCGUGGGCUUUUGGCCGUUCGGCGCCUUCUGCAACGUCUGGGUGGCGUUCGACAUCAUGUGCUCCACUGCCUCCAUCUUGAACUUGUGCGUUAUAAGCGUUGACCGCUACUGGGCCAUCUCCAGCCCUUUUCGGUACGAGCGCAAGAUGACACCGAAGGUUGCAUGUCUUAUGAUCAGUGUGGCAUGGACUCUGUCUGUACUCAUCUCCUUCAUUCCGGUGCAGCUGAACUGGCACAAAGCUCAGACCACCAGCUACGCAGAGCUGAAUGGAACGUUUGCAGGCGACCUGCCGCCCGACAACUGCGACUCCAGCCUUAACAGGACCUACGCCAUCUCCUCCUCCCUCAUCAGCUUCUACAUCCCCGUGGCUAUUAUGAUCGUCACGUACACCCGCAUCUACCGCAUCGCCCAAAAACAGAUUCGGAGAAUAUCGGCCCUGGAGCGGGCGGCUGAGAGUGCCAAAAACCGUCACAGCAGCAUGGGGAAUAGCUCCAACAUGGAGUCGGAGAGCUCCUUCAAAAUGUCUUUCAAGCGAGAAACCAAAGUCUUGAAGACUCUUUCGGUCAUCAUGGGAGUGUUUGUGUGCUGCUGGUUACCCUUCUUCAUCCUAAACUGUAUGGUUCCAUUCUGCGAGCCCAAUUCGCCGGACCUGGCCAACGACUUCCCCUGUAUCAGCUCAACGACUUUUGAUGUGUUUGUGUGGUUCGGCUGGGCCAACUCCUCCCUCAACCCCAUCAUCUAUGCCUUCAACGCAGAUUUCCGCAAGGCCUUCUCCAUCCUGCUGGGCUGCCACCGGCUCUGCCCGGGCAGCAACACCAUCGAGAUCGUCAGCAUUAACAACAAUAUGGCCGCCUCCAAUUCCAACCAGUAUCAGCCCAAAAGUCUCAUCCCAAAGGAGGACAACCAUCCAUCUGGCUGCGUGAUUCCCCACAGCAUCCUGUGUCAGGAGGAGGAGCUCCCGACCAAGCAUGGAUGCGGUGGGGAGGCCGAGGUGGUGAGGGUAAACAAUGCCCUGGAGAAACUUUCCCCUGCCAUCUCUGGGAAUUUAGACAGUGACACUGAGGUCACGCUGGAAAAGAUCAAUCCCAUUACUCAGAACGGACAGCACAAAGUCAUGUCCUGUUGAGACAAGAGGGGAUACACUGCAGCAUGUAUGUAUACACCAAUUAAAAAAAAAAAACAAAAAGCUUACACAGAAGGACGGCAGAAUGAACAAACAUCUCCACGAACAUUCAACACAGUGUGCGAUAAACACUGACGUGGAAUUACCUUCAGAAUGUUUUCAAGUUAAGGCACUUUAACCUGGAUAUAACCAUCUGCAAAAUACCCUCAGCAUUUACACAUGAAAUCAACAGAGAAUUUCAUUAUAAAUGUUGACAAUGAUAGCGGUGCACUUGUAUACAUUUUUUUUUGCAAAGACGUAUACAUCUGCAAGUGAGUACUGUGCAAUACUGGCUUCAAAAACAACUUCAGUGAAGAGGAGAAAGAUGUAAUACUAGUAGCUAAAUUUGUCUUGUAGGUAAGUGGUCUGUAUUUGUUAAAUGGAAGAAAGUAUUAUGUUGGUAAAUGGAUUUUUUUUUGGAUCCAGUUUUUCUUCUGAAGACAAAAACUCAAUUGCCAAAGUUAUUAAGAUGAAAAUAAUGGUGCGUUUAAAGUCUUUAUUCCAUUUAGGAUGUGUUGCUUAUGUAGUUCUGAAUAUGAUUUUUCUUGUCUUUUGCGACACUUGAUAAUAAUAAUUGCUUUUCUUUCCAAGCUCACCAUGACUUGAAAUGCAUGAAAAACGCUCUUGUUGGUUCAGAAAACUAAUUUCAUCGCUGAAACAAGCCCAUGGAGAGUCAUGUUUUGGGAACCAAGUGUGACUGGGGCAGAUAGAGAAACUCUUAGUAAUGGCGGACGACUCGGUCCUGGUAUCUAAUAGUGCUCACCGGAAGUCUUUCUCCUGCAGGCUUCUUUAUCUCCCUCUAGCAAACUCCCUUAAAGACUUUACAUCCCUCAGAUUCUCAGUCAGAACUGUCCCUUUCCGCGACCUCAACUGUCAACCCCACUUUUUCACUGGCUCCAGCCGCUCUUCUUAAAAUCCUUACCCUUUAAUCAUUACAUUUUUCGCAAAAUGCCACCAGUCAUUAACUAAAAUUACAAGCGAUGUGAAAGAAAAACGGCAGGAAGAGGAGGGGAAGCCGCCACGGAGUUCACUCAGCCGGAAUUGAGGUGUCACUUAGUGACCUUUUGCAAACUUGCAGAUAUCGGAUUUUUUAAAUUGCUCAUGCUGGGAACCAUGCUGUGCUGUUGCUGCAAUGUGGAGCGUGUGGUGUGACAGCUGUUCUGUGCUCUGGGAGGAGAAUUAGCAUUGAAAAUUGGCAGUUGUACAAAAAUUAGACCCAGUCGUCCCACCGUGGCCCGUCAGCUCUUGGAAUGCCCAGAAGAGAGAGGACCUGGGGGGGAUGUGGUGGGCAUCACAUUCUCUUUCAUUGAGCUCAGUUUUGAACUGCACUACAUCCUUUAGGAAUUAUAUGUGUCUCACAGCUCGACAUAUGGUGGUUGCUGUAUGACAAUCACAUGGGUUCAACUCGAGGCCAGGGAGCUCAAUUUGGCUCAUGCUGUGUUAAGGAGGUGUGGUACAGAGAGAUUAUACAUGUCGGCUACUUCUAAAAGAUGAAAAAUUGAUGGAGAUGGAAGAUAAUUUGAUGAAAGAUGAAAAAGCAGCUGUGAGGAUGAGGCUGAAGGUAGCCGCUGGAAAUGAAAGAAAGAAAACGUAAUUGCCUGUUGAGGCCGACGUGUUCUUUUUUAAACAUUUCUAAAACUGAAGAUUAUCAUCAGAGGCUCUGUCUGUCAGUGGCUCCCGAGUCAUUUCGUUUAUUUCUGCCGCCACAAGGGGGUGUAUAAAGGUUUGCUGCCACUGUACUUUCACUAUCAGGGCUGGAUUUAAACGUGGUGCAUCUGGCUUUCUUGCUGUGAAAUGAAGAUUUUGCAAAAGCCUAACAAAAGGUGAAACAGUGCUCAUGAUGGAUUUGUCUUUCUUUACAAAACACUCAUGAUCACCCAAGAAGAUUCUGUUGUCUUGAAGAAAAACAAAUGCCUGAGCGACUCAACUUAAAUCCAACGGCUGAGUCAUUUAUAUCCGAGCAUGAAGGAAAACAUCCAAUGCAGUUAGUCUUCUUCUCUUGCUACAUGAAAAGCAGUGUUGUGCACACUGCCAUCUAGUCAGUCUAAUCAACAUUGGGAUUUCCAACAUUUUACCGGCAACAAAACCGCUCCACUGAUAUUCAACAGAUUUUUCACUUAACUUUAUAUUAGUACCAAUGAUUAUUCACGACUUUAAAUGCCUUGUACUGUUUCCUGUAUCAUAUGGCGUCUUUGUAUCUGUGAGUGUGUGGACGUUCUGUAUGUGUGGUCAUGGAGACACUAACUGUAGCGUAAAGUGCCCACAAUGUUGAGCACUUUGGCAUGCAUUUGUAAAUAUGUAUGUAAGGUCACGUCACUGUCCAAGCACCGCAUUUGUUUAAGAUGCAUGCGUGAAGAGAUUUCAACUUUAUAAAGUAUUGGUUGGUGGUCGUUGCUCAAGCGUCUUCUCUGGGGCCUUGUUGAGAAGGGCUUUUUUUUCAGACAGUUUCUCCAUUGUUUUGAUAAUAUAAUCCAGCCACUUUGGAGGUGACUGACUGGAUCUUGUGGCUGUUUCAUGAUGCUAGUGCUAGUGAAACAUAGGUCUGGAUCAGAGAUGGUUCUGUUUUGUUGGCAGGUUUACAACCAGGCUGAGGAAGAUUCCGUGGUUACUCGAUGACCAUAGAAUGCCCCCCUUCUUUAAACAUGUGGCUUGGUUUCAUUCGCCAGACUGAACUGGUCAAUCCUCUUGAUGGGUCUCGCCAUGAUCUUCUCAUCCGGUGGAAAGAAACGUUCUUGAUAUGUUGGCUGUUUGGACAGACUGAAAGUCAGGAGGUCUGGCAGGUUCCCAUGUGUCCUAGGCUGAACGCCUUUGUGAUUCUGUCCAACUUGUUCUUCAACUUAGCCGUCAUCAUUUUCCAAAUCUCUAGUGGGUACUAGUACUUUGAAAACCUGUUAAAAUCUGUCAAGGUGGCAACUCACAGAGGCAGAACUGUAGCCCAUUAUCGAGUGUGGGUGCAAUUAAAAGAGAAAUAUUUGGACGCCGCUGUCAGUGUUCCAUCUGAUGCUUCAGCGGCGCUGUCAGCUCUGAGAGCUGUGAUUGACCGAUGGUCUUCCAUUCCACUUUUACUCUCUGUCUAGGUCACCGUAUAGUCUGGGCUCUGGUUGUUUUAUGGACUGAGACCUGUAGCCAAGGCUCAGUGUUUCAAAAAUGUCGCCUGAAACACAUCGCUGAAGCUGCGACCUUGCUGCAUCGCUGCUUCCAUAUUGCAGCGAGACAGUUUGUUGCACAUGGAUUUUACAAAUCCCGGGUUCAGUGCAGGGUUUGGUCAGUGCUUUCCUUUGACAGUGACUUCAGCCAAUGUUGCUUGGUUUGACUUGUGACCAUUGGAGCUCUGGGGGGACCUUGAGAUGUGCAGACCCAGGCUGCAGGUAUAUAGUGACAACCAAACCAUCAGAUUUCUUCACGAUUCUGCCACCUGGCUUUGGUUGAACAACUUCCGACUGCUGGAAAAAGCCGGCAAACUGUCUACCGAACCUUACUCUUGCUGACCUAGCCCUCAUUGUCCUAUGGUGGCCUGUGUGGCUCAGUUGGUUGGGCUCAAACCUGCCGGUCAGAACGAACAGGGCUUCCUUGAAUUCAUAAACCUUUCUGUUGGAUUCUUAUUUCCAUAGUCAGCCAGUGUACAUGCAAGUAAUCGUACAACUAUUUGGCACCUUUAGUGUGUGGGAAUCUAAUAAAAAUAAUGAAUCUGGAAGAGUCCAAGAACCUAAGAUUAAGUUGUCAACAAAAACAUCAACAUCAGACUCACAAUUCCUCUGCUUUUUGGACCAUCAGUUGUGUCCGGAGAACACUCCUGGUCCUGCAGUGAAGGAUGGCAAAGCAACCUACUUCUCAAUAAAGCAGGAUCUGGAUAGUUUGUUCCAGCUAAGAUCAAAUUAGCUGUUAAAAAGUAAUUGAUUUUUUUUUCUUUUCGACUGGAGAAUCAAUAUUUAAUCCUGGAUUAAAUGAUCAUCUGAAAUCUACUGAGACCCAGGUCGAUGCAGUUUGACCCCUGCUGUUUUUUGACGCCUUCCCUCUGGGUUGUUACAGCAGCUCCUCGCUGUUUUCCUGAAAUAUAUUCUGGGAAAAAAACUGACAGCACACUGUUUGUCUGAGAUGCUGAGAAAGAUCGUAAAGGUUAAACUUCAAUAAUUCAGAUCUUUGCUUGCUGUUAAAAAAAGAGGCUUUAAUCCUGCGGACGGCUCUUAACAAAAUCUGACAGCAUGACAGGAAGUUCAUCAUCACAGCAGCCUCCAUUGGCAUAAUACAACAGUUAAAACAGGAUUGUUUGGGAGUGAAAAUGAAGCACAUUGGUUUAGCUGACGUUGAUGUUGUCUAUUAAUGUCACAGAAGGGCAAUAUGCAAUGAAUAAAAAAUGGAUGGUGUAAAAUGAGGUCAUGUCUUUUGGAAAAGUAGAGCUGAGCCAGAAGGCGAUUCUUGAAGUCAGGGUGACUCUCAGACGAGUUCCGCUAAGGGGUGAGUUUGUAUCGCACUUACAUGGGAAAGGAGCCUUGUCAUCAGUCUGGGAUUCAGUGCGGACCUGGAUGUUGCAAAGGUUGGAAGGCAGGAUGUAGCCACAUUAGCUUCUCUGGUGAACGAUAAGGAGGAUUACUUCUUUGUCUCUUUCGCUUGUUCUGAGUGAGGGGAUAGAAGUUAGUAGUGAAUAGAAGACAUUACUGUCCAUAGACGUGCGCAGGAGAAAAGAAACAUUUAUUAAAGUUUGUUUUUGGAUUAAUCUUGCUUCAAUACCUUUUUUUUCAGCUUAUUUUUUUUCAUAUAUUAAAAUACUAUUACUAAUACCACAACUAGGUGGUAUCUCUUUGUUCAGAUUCUUAAUGUAAUCCUGCGAUAAACCCCACAAAACUGCCGUGUAAGUAAGAAAAAUAUUUUCUAUUUUGCUAAGCCGAGAUGUGAGUGAAAGAAAAGCGUAAAUGAUGAGCAGUUUUCACAAUGUCUUAUUUGCUCAGGAAAGUAGCAGCAUUGUCUCAAUGCGUUGGGCUUGAAAAAUAAAGGAGAUUGUUUGCAUCACUUGAAAAGGAGAUGAAUAACCAACUGUCCUACUGGGAAAUGAUCUAAAACCCAUUGUGCUGCACACCAAUGGCGACGACAAUCCAACUAUUCAUAUCGACUGAAAAGCUUCAUGUGUUUGGGUAUCAGUGUGUCGGAAUUUGACUUAGCUCUCUGAGGGAUUUAACCUGAAAAUAAACACCCCAGCCAGCCCAAACAUGCCUCCAAAUGGAGUGCACACCCAGCUGGUCUCUCUCCGCUUCGAGCACGAAGCCAGCUCUCUGACAUUAUACGUUGAGCAUCCACCGUCUGCGGCGUGUGUGACCAUGAAGGCGUGAAACGCCGCUACAUGGGAGGGAGAGCGAGUUCAUCCAAUAGAACGCAAUCACUCUUCAACAAAACAUUUGAUUUUCCUGCCCUGGAAAAUCCAUCGGUAUCUGCGAGGCCGGGCUGAUGUGUGUGCGGGGGCGGCCUUUUAGCUCAAUAUGUGCCUCCACUUGUUGUGACACACUGGCAGCUAAUUGUCCUUCUGGCUCUGACCCUGGCUCCGGCUUUCGGAAUUAACUAGCAGCUAAUCUUGCGGUGGCGUUUCUCCCCGCUCCUCACCAGUUCUCAUUCACCGGACGCAAUAAAGUGCACACACUGCAGUGCAUGUGAGGAAAGCGCCCGAGAGGAGGGUUUGCUCCCGUUCUGCGCCGUCCCUCGCGCUUCGGAUGUUAACACAGAUUGAAUUCAUUAUUAAAGAGACAGGGCUUUUCUGGUUCUCUUCUGAGACUCACCUGCUGCCCUUCUAUCAUUUGGCUUUCACUCCAAGAUCCAACAUUCUAUAGUGGAAUAAAAAGAAGCUACAAUCCACAGCUAAAUUAGAGCAAUAAUCCCAAUCGUAGUAUUCCUUUUUUCAAUCCUAAUGGGAUUGAAUUGCAGAUGAAAUGUUGAGAUUUUGAGAUUUUUUUCCCAACUGCACUUUAUUGACCUGUUCUGGUCUACACUGUAUCAUACCAUACUGUCGUACACUGCGUCGUGUUACACUGAACUGCAUGGCAUACGAUCAAAUUCUGCUGUGUUCUACACUGUAAAUGACAUGCAUUAUCAAAUCUCACCCUGUUUUGUGAUGAAGAAAGAGCUGAGCCAAAAGACAGAGCUAUCGCUGAACCGGUUGACUUUGACUCCUGUUGUUUGUUUUGACUCUCAUCAAGAGACGGUGUGAGGUCAGCCAUCUGACAGGGACUCAAAGUAGAGCUGGUGCAAAUAAUACCUGGGCACUUUAUUUCAAGAUGAGCUGAAGGGCGUCGCCCUCAACUACUGCUGAAGCUCACUACAGUGCGCUGUAUAUACUGUGUUGUACAUACUUUCCUGUACUGUACUACAGGACCUAAACUAUCCUACAUAUAUUUCAAGACUAAAUUACACUGCUCUGUAUGCUACACAGUACUGUACGAAAUUUCCCUGGACAAUGAAUCACAAAGUCAGCAGUUCUUUUCCUAGUAACACAACACAGUCAUAUUCAUUGUCCAUUUUUAUUUAUAUGUGUUUGUUUUGUCAUCAGUUGUAGUGGAACUGAGAUUUGAACAUGGCGCCCGCAGAAGCAAACCCGACAGAUAAACCCAAGUUUGUUUGUCACGUACGGGAGAUUGAUAGUCAGAGAAGAGAUUUGACCCCAGACUCCUCCCCCCUCCCACCCGCCUCUCCUGGGAUCUCACCUUGUCAACUCGGUGAGUCACGCUCGGGGCAGUCACUGCCUUUACUUCAGAACACGGGGAUAUUGUUCCCAUGAGAGCAACGUUCUGCUCCAAGGAAGAAGUCGGGCGACAGCAUUCUCCUCUCAGUGUACGGGACUGAAACAAAAGCGGCCGUGAGAGAGCGGGCUGGACGCUUAGUUGGUGUCAUGAACUUUUCAGUGCCGGAAAUUCAAAUUGAACUGUUGUCUCUCUUAAAUAUUUUCAAUAACUGCAGUCUGGAUUAUUAAAUCCACAGUCCAACAACACAGAGAAGUGUUUUCCAAGCAAACCAAUGUGCUUUAUGAGACGUUUCAGCCUUGGAAUGUGACUUUUCUGAAUCAACACGAUGCUCAAUCCAACCAACAGGAAGCGCUUAUUUUUGUCCAGUUUCAUAUGACGGAAGCCAAUUGGCUUCAUUUUUCUGACUGGCUGUGAUGUUGCUAACAAUGCUAAUGAUGUAGCAUCUCGACUCAUUUAAAAUGAAUCACUUCCUUUUUCAGAAUUUAUUGAAUGUGCCAACUUUUUUGUUUUUAUCAGGCGAUAUUUGGCCUGUUUUUUUUUUUUUUUUAAAGAAAAUGCUCAAUGUGAAAAAUUAUUAAUGAUGUUAUUAUUUAUAAUUACAAUUAUUAUUAUUUUGUUCUUUUUUUCCCUCCCCAAUUUUUGAAGUUCUUUCCAAACUGAAAGUAUAUACUCUUUAUUAUAUAUAUGUUUUUUUUUACUGAUUACAAAAUACAAUAUAUAUUUCAAAGUUCCUAGAUAAUUAAGAAGAUUUAGUCAUCAUACAUAAAAGCUAAAUUCUUCAGUUAAACAGUGUAAAAAAAAAAAAAUCUUGUUUUUUCUUUUCUCCUAAAAUGUCUUUUUUCAAAACACAUUUUGGUUGUUGUUUUUUUCAAAUAACAUUUUUUGUCUGUUUAAUUAUUUCUAUUUCUAUUAAUCGUAUUAUUUAGAUUGAUGGUGCUGUUGGGUGCUUUUAGAGAAAGAAAAAAUUAUAUUGCAACAAUGCAAAUACAUUUUUUAAGGCACUUGAAAGCACCAUUGACAAACUCAAUCUAUGGAUUCUAUAAAGUGUGGGAGAUCAUUCUGUGGACACUUGAACGCACCAUUAUUGCCUCCUUCAGUUCUGAAAAGUAAAAAAAAAAAAAGUAUUUAUUUUUGUUUUACUCAUGAAGUUCUCAUUAAAAACAGAGCUAGUGUUGUGGACGCAGGGAUGCAGUAUUGUACCUGUACUGAUGUUUAAAAAUGUAGUUGUGAUGAACACAAGUGCUUUUUCAAAAAUCCUUAAUGUGUGUAGCCAACUUCAAUGCUUUUAUUGUUUGUUUUAAUUUAAUAUUGUCGGUGACUAUUUAUAUAUUUAUUUAUUUACAUGUUACAUGAACGUGAUGUCAAGAGUUCUAACCCCUGAAGUAUUUAGUUUACAGCUGGUACAGAGAAAUAAAUGUGCCCUUUCUUGUAAAUAAAGACGUGUGGCUUCAUUGGAAUCUUGCUGCUUCUCUGUUCUGCUGUGGCCCCUGCUGGAUCGGGUCGCAGGGAGAGGAUCAAUGGACAUUGAUUCGGAACAGUGACGGAUUUUUUUUUUUCCGCCCACCCCACCACCAACACCCCGAACGCUGUGUCCUCGCCGCGCUCCUGCUGCAUUUACAUAACCUGACAGCUACUUGACAACUGACACAUCCUCAACUUGCUCGCCGCCUGACUCGCGAGAUAAAGUACUGCCGCAGAUCCACUUCACAUUUGGAACUUGUUCUAAAUAAUCCCUCUGU